CAACCCACAUCAACUAACUUUACCAAGUGUAAUAUGUCUUCUCAUCAAAGUCUAAAACUAUACUUUUGUAACAUACAACAAUAUUAUUAAGAAUAGGAGUACUAAACUUGAUAACUGAUUAGAGUUUUUUUUAUUCCUCUGAUAUUUUGUAGUUUAAAUACAAAAGAGUUAGGUCUACAAUGUUAUAUAUAACUUUGUUUAUUUCUCAUAAUUAAUAGAGGAUCCAUUUAUUAAAUUUGAAAAAGAAUAUCCUUGUAGUGGACAAAUAUCCUGUCUAUAUAUACACACACCACUAUCUCCUAGUUCUUACAUCCAACACACACAAGAUCAUAUUCAGAAGACAAAAAAAAAGGCAACAAAAGAUGAACUUCCUCUCCGAUCAGGUCAAGAAAUUCUCCGACUCCAAACCGGAGGAGCCAGACCACAACAAGCCCGUCGAAGGAACCGAAGCAGCCAACAGACCAGCUUCUUCCUCCGAGCUCAUGGCUAGUGCCAAGGUUGUAGCCGAAGCUGCUCAAGCCGCGGCUCGUAACGAAUCAGACAAACUCGACAAGGCUAAAGUCGCUGGAGCCAGCGCUGAUAUCUUGGAUGCUGCCCAAAAAUACGGAAAGCUCGAUGAAAAGAGCGGCGCUGGUCAGUACCUCGAGAAGGCCGAGAAGUAUCUAAGCGAUUUCGAAUCCUCACAUUCUUCCGGCGGCGCCGGUACUCCUCCUCCGGCUGCCGGUGCUCCUCCUCCGGCUGCCGGUGCUCCUCCUCCGGUAAGUCAGGCUGAACCGGAAGCUAAGAAAGCCGAAGAGGAGUCUGGUGGUGGGUUGGGAGGUUAUGCCAAGAUUGCUCAAGGAUUCAUGAAGUGAUUGAUCUUUUACUGUAUCGUUAAUUAAUAAAAUUAAAUAAGUACGUACGUUAGUGAUUAUGUUGUAUCGUUUAGUAUGUGGGAGAUAUAACUAAGUACGUUAGUAAUUAUGUUGUAUGGGGAGCGAAUGUUCGGUUUCAAUCUAUCUUUAUUUGUUGUGAUUA